AUGGCAGAGACGGCCGACGGCAGCUCGGCAACCGCAGCAACGGUGAUGCAAGAUGAAGUUGUCGAUAACGCUGCAGUUCAUGACGAUCCAGCAAGGAGCUCUUCCAAAGCCGAUGAGCCCGUGGCACUCGAAGAGAAGGAACGCGCGGCCGAUUCUGGAGGUGAAGUUUGCGGUGGGCACGGUCCACAUGGCCAUCCGCCAGAAGUGCAGGGAGAUGAAGAUCAGGAGGCUCGGAAGCGAGUCCGAGAGCUCCAAGAGCAGCAGGGGCUGCAGCAGAGGAUGCGACAGCGAAUCUGCCAGGGCCUUGCCAGCGAGGAUGUGACGGCUCCGCCAUGUCCUCCGCUCCUUGCCAUGCAGGCGCAAGAAUAUGCCGGGCAUGCCGCGUUCGACGGCUUGCCUGUAGCGGUUCCAGGCCCCUUCCGAGAAACACCGCGAAUGGAUCCACGUGAUGCGCAGGUGUGGGCCGACUUCAGAUCUGCGUUCAAGAAGUACAUGCUCCAGUUGUCAGAGGAAGCGCUGCAGCAGAGCUUACCUCAGGUGGACUUGCGCCGGAUGAGGUUCUCUGCUAAUGCCCUCGGAGGGCUGGUCAGCGGCCAGGUUCCAAGUGCAACCGACCAGUCGAUACUCGAAGCAACGACAGUGCUGCACAUCAGGCCGACAUGGAGUGAACUGCUGCAGCAGACCAAACGGAUGCGCACCCAGCCCUUCACUCUCACCUUUGUCUUAGCAGCUACAGAGUGUGAGUUCAAUGUUCAAGUCAAGUGUCCACAGGGCAAGGCAUUUGCAGUGGGCCUGCAAGGCACCGGUUUGGUUCAGGAUGGUUCAGUUCUUCAGGUAUUGAGCCACGGGACCGAACUGGCAGCCGGCGACAUCUGCCCGCAGCGGGAGCAGCGCGUGAAGUUCGAGCCUGCAGCGAGGUCGGGCUCCGUCAAUUCAGCCAAGCGGGCGGAGCUGGCUGCCCCGGUGCGGAGCAGGAGUGCCAACUCCCUGCACGCGCGGGAUGUGUCCUUCGGACCGAUUCCAUCAAGCUCGCGGUCCGUCUCACGGACAGCGCAGGCCGCCGAGAAGGAUCCAAAACACAGGUCCCGGUCAACGACACCAUCCAACACCAGGGACAGAACACCUUCGACUGCAGCUUCCUCCGCAAAGACGAAGUCUCCUUCUCACGGGCGCGACGCCACCCCGCUGGCGUACAGAGAAAACAGGGAUUUUGUCCAACCGGUCCUCGGUGCUGCUCACUGCACAUGGCGCUUCCUGGAUCGUGGCGACCGUGGAAGCUCGAAGCCAGUCGAGCCAGUUCCCGAGACCUCGAGUUUCUCUCGUGCCAAGCGCUUUGAAGACCAUCAUACGCAGGAGCUAUGGGAACGGUCCAGCAGGCACCCCGUUCACUUCAGCAAGCCGACCUGGGACAGGGAAGGCUUCGCUGGACGACCAGCAUCUCGACGACAUCAGAGAGGCAAGCGAUGCCUCAUCGGUGCUCCCCACACCGCCGACACACCAGAGAUGGCCAAGCUGGUCUGUGGAAGCCAGGAGCUUCUCAGAUCCUGGGAGCUCAAGGAGCAGGAGCAUCCUGGCAUGGAGAAAAUCUUCGACGGCUGCGCAGGUUUCUCCGACCAGGCCGCCGACGUAGAUGGGCCAAAAGCUGCAGGAACUCGACACUUUCACGGUGCGCCACAUGUGCAGGACACGCCCGGCUUGGAAAAGCUCAUCUGCGGCAGCAACAAGAUGUCUGAGUUGAAGGAUCUGCACGAACAGAGCCGCCCAGACUUGUCCAACAUGUUUCAAGGAUUUGCUGGUCACAGCGCUCAGGACGAGGAUGCCAAAGGGAGCGGAGCUCGCAGCAAGCGGAAUUUCUUCGGCGCGCCGCAUGUUAUGGACACGCCUUUGUCCGGCAUCCUUUGCGGAAGCGAGCAGCUCUCCGAACACUAUGAUCGGCAUCACCAGAAGCUUGGUUCUCACCUUCAGAACAUGUUCGCUGGCCAUGCCGGAAAGAGCUUGCAGGACGAAGACCUUGGCGAUGGAGACAAGCGCCAGGGCAAGAGGGAAUUUGCCGGGGCGCCACAUGUCGUAGACUCCCAAGAUGUGUUCGACUUGGUAUGCGGCUCACCAACUCUCAAGGAGGCGCACGCGAAGAAGGCGAACCCACAGCUUGCGAACAUCUUCGAUGGUUGCGCUGGCCUGUGCCUCCAGGAUGAGGACGUGGAAGGCCCCCGCCAUCGUGGGAAGAAGAAGGGGCCACAUGGGGCAGCGGCAUACCGUGGGACAGUUCAGGCCGAGUGCUUUCAGAAGGCCUUCCAGCCAGCAGAGAUCGUGAUCAGUCCAGUGGAUAGCGAUCCUUUGCCCACGUUGUUCGUCUCGCAUGGCCUCGGACCGAUGCCUCUGCUGCGGGACCCCUCCGCACCCUUCCCGCGCAGCCUUGCCGAGCUGCCCCAAAGGCUGCGGCUGGAUGAGCACUCGGUGCGCUGCAUCCUAGUGAUCUCUGCGCAUUGGGAGAGCAGGGAUGGGCUUGAGGUGACAUUGCGCCGGACUCAUGCUCAAGGUCUUCUUUAUGACUAUGCCGGAGCAUCCAAAGAGAUGUACGAGGUGCACCACCGCUACCAUCCACCCGGCGAUCCGCAGGUGUCUGGCUGGGUGCUUGACCUCCUUCAGGAAGCGAACCAGGAGAUCCGGGUCAACUCUGCCCGGGCGUUGGACCAUGGUGUCUUCGUUCCACUGCUGCUCAUGCCCAGCUUGGCUUCCGUACCUGUGGUGCAGCUCAGCCUCCCCGGUUUUCACGGUCGCCGGGGCUCCGAACUCGCACGCCAGUGUCUGGAGGUGGGCAGGGCUUUGUCGCCACUGCGGUCCCGUGGGGUGCUGAUCUUGGGCAGCGGGCUCUCCACCAACUCCGCCACGAAGCCAGAGCGGCUCGAGAGGUGGACAGAGGAGCUGACACGGCUUUGCGGUGCUUCUCCGGAGGAACGCUUUGAAGGCUUGCGGACCUGGACCUCCACGUUGCCCCACGCCAGGGAGGUCCACGGCCGUGAAGAGCACCUGUUGCCCUUGCACGUAGCCGCAGGUGCUGCCCGAGAUGAUUCCGGAGAGGCUCUCUGCCAUUGCGUUGAGCAUGGACUCGUCAUGUCCCACUUCGUCUUCGGCUGGUGGAGACGAACCCGACAUCCACCGCUUGAGACUUCCCAGUUGCAGAUGGAUGAUGACGAGCUCAUGCAGUGUGUGGCCGAGCAGGACCACGAGCCGGCGACAGCCUCCCAACCGAUCAAGUUCAAGAACGGCCUGGUUGGCAUCCGUGGGGAUUAUUACGGCCAGGGCCAAUUCAGGAGCUUGCACGCCAAGAGAAGAGGUGGAGGCUGUCCUCUGCCCGAAGGUUGGGUUUCUCCAGGCUCACCAGCAGCUUUGAGCACCCGGGAACCCAGCUGCGAGCGCAGCUAUGCCUCACCGCGACCGGACUCGCGCGGUUCAAACAGCAGCGACUUCUCCGGCGGCUUUCGGCAAACGUACUGCGGCAGCACCGUAAAUGUCAUCCUUUUGACAAGCCGCCAAGACAGCUCCAAGCCCGGUAUGGGUCUGCAGUAG